CGACACAUUGCCUCGCUCGCCAACCCUUAUUUGAAAAACCCGACAGUCGUUUUUUUCUUUCUUUUUCUUUCAUUUUACAAGGAAAGCUCCAUCUCGGCAUACGCUCGCUUCGUUGGAACAGCGAUUGAUACCCUUUCGACCCUUCAGCUAUACUUUGCCUGCUAUUCCUCCGAGGACAAGAAAACCCGUCACGACAGAAAAGCAAUAGUUUUUUUUUAUUCCGUGACCAGCACCACUCGAUAUUUUCCCCCCGAUCAUUGACACACACAUACAAAAACAACAAAAUGUCUGAUUCUCAAAAGCCGGUUGCCUCGACUGCAACGUCGCUCGUGCCGACUGCCUUCCUGAAGGGCUCGAUUGCCCGCGACAAUGUCUCGACGGUUGCUUCCGAGUACGAGGCCUUCUACGACGAUUCCAAAAAGGACCGCGUGGAAGAGCGCAAGAGCAUGUACACGACGUUGGUCAACCACUACUACGACCUUGCCACCGACUUUUACGAGUACGGCUGGGGCCAAUCCUUCCAUUUUGCACCGCGAUGCGCCACCGAGAGCUUUGUGCAGUCGAUCGUGCGUCACGAGCACUACCUUGCUCUCAAGAUGCGCCUGCAGCCUGGCCAGAAGAUUGCUGACUUUGGCUGCGGCGUCGGCGGCCCGAUGCGAGAGAUUGCACGCUUCUCGGGCGCUCAUGUGGUCGGCAUCAACAACAACGCCUACCAGAUUCAGCGCGGCGGCAUCCACAACGCCAAGGCCAAGCUGGAGGCGCAGUGCUCCUUCAUCAAGGCCGACUUUUUGCACGUCCCUGUGCCCGACGAGUCGUUCGACGGCGCGUAUGCCAUCGAGGCGACUUGCCACGCCCCGGAUCGUGUUGCCGUGUUUAGCGAGGUCUUCCGCUCGCUCAAGCCCGGCGCAUACUUUUCCGGGUACGAGUGGGUCAUGACCAGCAAGUACAACCCGAACGACCCGAAGCAAGUCCAAAUCAAGAAGGACAUUGAGGAGGGCGACGGUCUGCCCGACCUGAUUUACGACCACGAGGUGGUGGACGCGCUCAAGAAGGCCGGGUUUGAAAUUGUCGAAAUCUCCGACCUGGCCGAGACUGGCGACAUUCCGUGGUACCAGCCUCUUGCCGGCAGCUGGUCGCUCAGCGGCUUCCGCAUGACCUGGCUCGGUCGUCUGUGCACGCACGCGUUCGUCAACGUGAUUGAGACCCUGCGUGUUGCUCCCUCCGGCACCGCCAAGAUUAGCAGCGUGCUUCUCAAGGCUGCACAGGGUCUUGUGGCCGGCGGUCAGACCAAGAUCUUUACGCCAAUGAUGUUCUUCCUGGUUCGCAAGCCCGAGCGCAAGUAAAAAAAAAAAAAAAAAAAUGCAAAGUUUCGGUUGUUCGGCAAUUGACUUUGCAUCAUGUAGUGGUACAGCAAUUAACAACGAACAGAAAAAAAUACACUUGUAGCAAGCAUUCGACAAAAGAAUUGACCAACACUCGCAUUCAUGUCCUCACCAAUCAAGCACAAAAAAC